GCCACAGGGGCAGAUCAAGCAGUUGGCAUGGGCCUUGUUGGCUUCAGCCUCCUGUUGUUUACAUACUACACAAUAUGGGUAAUCAUUCUGGUAGGUAAUUUAUAGCCUAGAUCUGCUAUUCUGGUCCAAGAUCUGUUUGUGCUGUUUUGCCAACAUCUGCCAUGGCAUACCAAUGAUUUGCCAAGACCGCACAAUCCAUUCUGGGACCAGGCUAUAGAUUAGAUCUGCUAGUUAAACUUGUUGCCUGAAAUCCAAUAGAAGAUGAUUUUGUUUUUCUGUCCACUGACUAACUUGACUGAUAUUGUACCUUUUCCAGCCGUUCGUGGACAGCGAUCAUGUGGCCCACCAGUAUUUUCUUCCACGGGAGUAUUCUGUCAUUCUACCUGGGAUCGCAGCAUUGAUACUGCUGCUCUGUGUA